GUCAAUAGUAAAAUGUCACUAACACGCGUUGCGAUUAGGUCGUGUGUGUCGUUGUCGAGACAGGUUCUUAUUGGCAGCGGCUACUGCAGGCGAGGGUUAUCCAGUUCGUCCGUUGUUUAUAUUUCAAAAGUUCGUGACGAGAUGUUUAUUGCUGAAGAAAGAGGAUCACCUUAUGCACCCGACUAUCGGGUUUUCUUUAGGGACGAGAGCGGGCCCGUGUCGCCGCUGCACGACAUCCCGCUGUGGGCGGACCGCGCUCGCCGGCUGGCGCACAUGGUGGUGGAGGUGCCGCGCUGGACCAACGCCAAGAUGGAGAUCAGCCUCGGCGAGACGCUCAACCCCAUCAAGCAAGACGUGAAGAAAGGCGCGCUGCGCUACGUC